ACAGAAUUGUCCCGCUACAGCUGCCGUAGCUGUGUCUGACGAAAGCGUUUGAUACUUACUACCUGGGAGUCAAACAUGGCUAGUAAGGGGGGGAAACAAAGUCGGUCGGCGUCUGGUCUUUCAUGUAGAAAAGGUGCAGGAGACCAGGAGGAAGAGGAACAGCCGCUGCAGGCGGUUUUAGUCGCUGACAGCUUCAACCGGAGGUUUUUCCCAGUGACCAAAGACCAGCCGCGGGCGCUGCUGCCGCUGGGUAACGUUGCCAUGAUCGACUACACCUUGGAGUUCCUCACUUCUACUGGAGUGCAGGAAACAUUUGUAUUCUGCUGCUGGAUGGCCAGUAAAAUCAAGGCGCACUUGCAGAAAUCAAAGUGGUGUCGACCCAGUUCUCCAAACACAGUCCACAUCAUUACUUCGGACCUGUACCGCUCCCUUGGGGAUGUGCUACGGGAUGUUGAUGCAAAGUCCCUGGUGCGCUCAGACUUUAUAUUGGUUUACGGAGAUGUGGUAUCCAAUAUUGAUGUCAGCCAGGCUCUGCAGGAGCACAGGCAUCGCCGAAAGAUGGACAAGAACAUCUCAGUGAUGACCAUGAUCUUUAAAGAAUCGUCGCCGGGUCACAGGUCUCGUUGUGAGGAAGACAACGUCAUUGUGGCAGUGGACAGCAAGAGCCAGCAGAUUUUACACUAUCAGAAGACACAAGGGCUCAAGAAGCUACAGUUUCCAAUGAAUAUUUUCCACAGUGGAAGUGAGGAAUUUGAAAUCAGACAUGACCUCCUGGACAGCCACAUCAGUAUCUGCUCCCCGCAGGUUGCUGAGCUUUUCACUGACAAUUUUGACUACCAAACUAGAGAUGACUUUGUUAGAGGGCUUUUGGUCAAUGAAGAGAUUCUAGGCAACCAGAUCCAUGUGCAUGUCACACAGGACGGAUAUGGUGUCCGAGUGUCGAACCUUCUAAUGUAUGACUCAGUGUCGUCUGACCUUGUGCGGCGGUGGGUCUAUCCCCUGACCCCCGAGGCCAACUUCACAGACCAGGAGGGACAUAGCUGCACAUACUCUCGCCACAAUGUCUACAGGGCGUCUGGUGUCAGCCUGGGCCAUGGCAGCCAGAUGGAGGAGAACGUUCUUAUCGGCUGUGAUACCAGCAUCGGUGCCAACUGUUACAUCUCGAACAGUGUCAUCGGUGACAACUGCAUCAUAGGUGACAAUGUAGUCCUGGAUCAUGCCUACAUCUGGAAUCAUGUUCACAUUGCCAGUAAUGUGGAGAUCAUCCAGUCUGUCAUCUGCAACAAGGCUGAGGUCAAAGAGGGCGUGACUCUUAAGAAACAGUGUGUUCUAGCAUAUGAUGUGGUAAUUGGACCAAACAUCUCUCUACCAGAAGGCACCGUGGUGUCUAUGCACCAUCCAGAGGAGGAAGAGGAGGAUGACGAUGAAUUCCUCAGUGAUGACGCUGAGGUUGGCCAAAGAUCGGACAAAACCAAACAGAAAGUUUUCAAUCCUGCAGAAGUUGGAGCAGAAGGAAAAGGCUACAUCUGGAAGGCCAGCAGUCUGGAUGUCACAGAGGAAGAGGAGCUGUCGCAGUGUCUCUGGGGCUUGGUGUUGAAUCCAGACCCUGAGAGUGACAGUGAAGACAGCGACACUGAUGACCCCGAUGACCCGGUGAUUCCUUCCCCUGAGAUGGAUGAUGUCAAAGUCUUCCACAUGGAGGUGCUCGGGACCCUGCAGAGAGGUUUGGAGGAGAACAUCAGCUGUGACAACCUCGUACUUGAGAUCAACUCUCUAAAGUAUGCCUACAAUAUCAAUCUGAAAGAGGUGAUGCAGAUUUUAACCCGAGUGGUACUGGAGUACCCUUUCCAGCAGCAGGGCACACAUCUCACCCCUUCACAAUACGUUACUCUGCUUCUGCCGCUAUUGAAGAAAUGGGCGCCAGUGUUUAAGAAUUAUGUGAAGAGAGCACAGGACCAUCUAGACUGCCUGUCUGCCUUUGAGGAACACUUCCUGGAGCAGGAGAGCCACUGGGCUGCUAUGGUCAAGGUCCUCAUGAAUAUGUACGAGCUGGAAAUCUUGGAGGAGGAAAUGAUACUGCGCUGGUUCUCUCAGGGAGCCACCAGUGACAAAAGCAGACAGCUCCGCAAAAACCAAGGGCUGCAGAAGUUCAUCCAGUGGUUGGAAGAGGCUGAGGAGUCUUCGGAGGAGGAUGGAGAGUAAUGACGAGCAGUUUAAGUUAUGACAAGGUGAACUCUUACGCUUCUGCAUCUAGUUACCAUCUGGACGUGCUCGGCGUAGCUGAAGUGGACAUAUUUUAAUCACGUUAUGCCACGCCGUGUAAAGGCUGGUGUGAAUGUCAAUAUCCAAAUAAAGGACCUGUGGUCUGCUUGGAAUAAAAGUUUUAACAGACAA